GUGGACUCCUCUGUGUAAGCAUAGUUUGUAACUACAAACAACUCUGCAACCAUGAAAUUCCUGCUGCUCGUCGCUUCCGUCGUGGCCGUGGCCGUUGCUGGCCCGACCCGCGCCAUCAUCACCCCCGGAGGUGGCUCCGCACCCAUUGUGGAGUCCCCGAUCAUCGCUGGACCUGCCCUGGUUGAGAGCCCCAUCUCCGUUGGACCCGCCCUGGUUGAGAGCCCCAUCUCCGUUGGACCUGCACUAGUUGAGAGCCCCGUGGCUGUGGAGACUCCCGUCAUUGUCGACACUCCCAUCGUCGAAAGCCCCAUCUCUGUUGGACCCGCCCUAGUCGAGAGCCCAAUCUCCGUUGGACCUGCACUAGUUGAGAGCCCCAUCUCCGUUGGACCUGCCCUAGUUGAGAGCCCCAUCGUUGUGGAGGCCCCCGUCGUUGUUGGCACCCCCAUCAUUGAGAGCCCCGCUGUCGUCGACACCCCCAUCGUCGAAAGCCCCAUCUCUGUUGGACCCGCUCUUGUUGAAAGCCCCAUCUCAGUUGGACCCGCUUUGGUUGAGAGCCCCAUCUCCGUCGGACCUGCCCUGGUUGAGAGCCCCAUCGUUGUGGAGGCCCCCAUCGUUGUUGAUGCCCCCAUCGUUGAGAGCCCCGUCGUUGUUGACACCCCCAUCGUUGAGAGCCCCGUCUUCGCUGAGCUCCCCAUUGUUGUCGAAUCUCCCAUCGUGGACGCCAGCCCCGCUGGUGUUGCUCCCAUCGUCGAUGCUGAGACUGUUGUCGCCUCUGCCACCGCCCCUCUAGUCCAGAUCAUCCUGAACAUCAACAAUAUCGCCGCCGAGAACCCCGCCGUCGUCGUGCCCGAGUCCCCCGCCAUCGUGCCCUCUCCCGUCAUCGUCGAGGAGUCUCCCGUCGUCGCUGAGCUCCCCAUCGUGGUCGACGCCCCCAUCGUGGCCCCUGAGCCCGUCCAGAUCGUGGACACCCCCAUCGAGGCCCCCAUCAUCGUCCCCGCUCCCGUCGAAGUCGCCCCGGUGAUCACCCUCCCCGACAUCCUUAACUAAACGAGAAACGGCGCUUUUAUUUUAUUUAUAUACAUAAGCUAACCAACCUUUUACCUUUGGUGCAGUGGUAAUAAGCUGUGAUAAGUGAUACAUAUUCUUAAUAAAUUGUUUAUUAAGUAA